ACCUCUAUUCACUGCUUCCCUUUUAAACAUAAAUUCCAAUUCCAAACCAUAUCUUUGUGAUUGCUUAAAACUGUAUGCUUUUAAGAGCAAUCCCCCCUUCCAAAUCACCUCUUGAACACUUUGCUGCUUAGAAAUUUAUUCCGCCAGAUACCAUAAACACCUCUCUCAAGUUCAAAGUUCCACAGAUCUCUAGGGCAGGGACAAAAUGCUGCCAGUCUCUUUGCCAAAGCACAGCAAGGACAAGUUCAUCUUCAUGUGCAACCACCUGAGCUUGAACUUCAUUGUCCAUAUCACUAUCAGCAUGUUGGUCAAAACCAUUCAGCAAGUCUCUAGGAAGUUCCAAACUUUGCCACAUUUUUCUGUGUUCUUCUGAGCCCUCCAUACUGUUCCAACCUCUGCCUGUUGCCCAGUUCCAAAGUCACUUCCACAUUUUCAGGUAUCCUUGUAGCAGCACCCCACUCCUGGUACUAGUCUACUGUAUUAGUCCUUUCUCACACUGCUAUGAAGAAAAACUUGAGACUGGGUAAUUUAUAAAGAAAAGAGGUUUAAUUGACUCCCAGCUCUGCAUGGCUGGGGAGGCUCAGAAAACUUAGAAUCAUGGUGGAAGGCACCUCUUCACAGGGCGGCAGGAGAGAGAAUGCAUGCCAGCAGGGGGAAUACCAGACGCUUAUAAAACCAUCAGAUCUCAUGAGACUUACUCAUUAUCACAAGAACAGCAUGGAGGAAACUGUCCCCUUGAUCCAUUACCACCACCUGGUCCGGCCCUUGACACGUGGUGAUUAUUACAAUUUAAGGUGAGAUUUGGUUGGGGACACAGAGCCAAACCAUAUUAGUAGUGUACUAUUUGUUGCUGUGUGAUUCUCUGCCUUCAUGGAACCUAUAAGGGGAAAAUAACAUGCCAAACACAUAAACACAUUUAUUUUUAAAAAUCUGUUGGAGUCCGUUGAAAUGCCUAGAACUAGUGAUGGUUAAUUUUCAGGAAGAAUUUUUGAGUCCCUGAAGAACAGAUAAGAGAUUGAGAGUCAGAGUAGAAGAGUCAGGCUCCCCAAACCAAAGUUUAAUUCCCUGAAGAAGGCAUAGAGUAGUAUUUUGAUUUUCUUCUUUAUGUGUAUUCAUUGGUUUACUGUUCCUGGAAAUCAGAAGGCAAUUUUGACUCUUUCUCAGGAUAUCAUUCUCCUGUAACUCUGGACUUGCUGUUCUUUUUAGUCUUGGGAGGAAGUAUCUUUGCAUAGAAGCCUUGGAUGAUUCUAGGAGACUUUUGGAAAGCCUGGAAGAAAAGCCGGAAUUACUGGACUGGAGAGCUUUGGUGGAAGCCAGAAAUCUAGAGGGUGUUCUAAGUAACAUCUUAUAGAGUGGAAAAUAACAAUAGUUAUUUGCAUGGCCAAAGAGCUAUAGAGAAUGAUGGGGUCUUAGAAGAUUACAAAUUGGGGUUCAGAGAGUGUAAUUUAUAGGUGUUUGCUUAGAUUUAAGUUUGAGGCAAUUACGUGAGUAUAAAUGGUACAUGGACAACUAUAGACUGUUCUUUAAAAUGUAUUCUUUAAGUAUAACUUUUUAUUCUUGGGGCCAAGAAGUUUUAGUGAGAACUAGUUUUUAUAGUUUCAGCUGACUUCAAAUAGAAAAUAUAUUCAUAUAUUUAUGUGAUAUUCAUAUUUUUUAUGUUAAGAAUAAAUUGAAUAAAACAAAACAAGUUCAUCUGUUAUUGCAGCAUAUGGUAAUUAUAAAGGAAUAAGGAAAACUAGUGUCCAGUUUUAUGUACCUAUAAGUAAAUCAAUAAUUCAGAGCUGUGUGACCUCUAUCCCUAUUAUUUCCGUGGGUGUUCUUUUGUAAUCUCCUUUGUACUUCCAAAUUUGAAAACUUUGUUUAGUAUUAUAAGAUGCAUUCAGAUACCUCAAAGAAUGGUAACUAUUUUGACUUUCAAAGUAGUUCUAGGCUGGGCGCAGUGGCUCACGCCUGUAAUCCCAGCACUUUUGGAGGCUGAGGUGGGUGGAUCACCUAAGGACAGGAGUUUGAGACCAACCUGGCCAACACGGUGAACCCCGUCUCUACUAAAAAUACAAAAAUUAGCUGGGCAUGGUGGUGCACCCCUAUAGUCGCAGCUACUCAGGAAUCACUUGAACCUGGGAGGUGGAGGUUGCAGUGAGUCAAGAUCAUGCUGCUGCACUCCAAUCUGGGCAACAAAGUGUCUGAAAGAAGAUGAAUUUGGCUGAGAUUUGUGAUAAUGCAAAGAAAGGAAGAGAAUAUGCCCUUCUUGGAAAUUACGACUCAUCAAUGGUAUAUUACCAGGGGGUGAUGCAGCAGAUUCAGAGACAUUGCCAGUCAGUCAGAGAUCCAGCUAUCAAAGGCAAAUGGCAACAGGUUCGGCAGGAAUUAUUGGAAGAAUAUGAACAAGUUAAAAGUAUUGUCAGCACUUUAGAAAGUUUUAAAAUCGACAAGCCUCCAGAUUUCCCUGUGUCCUGUCAAGAUGAACCAUUUAGAGAUCCUGCUGUUUGGCCACCCCCUGUUCCUGCAGAACACAGAGCUCCACCUCAGAUCAGGCGUCCCAAUCGAGAAGUAAGACCUCUGAGGAAAGAAAUGGCAGGAGUAGGAGCCCGGGGACCUGUAGGCCGAGCACAUCCUAUAUCAAAGAGUGAAAAGCCUUCUACAAGUAGGGACAAGGACUAUAGAGCAAGAGGGAGAGAUGACAAGGGAAGGAAGAAUAUGCAAGAUGGUGCAAGUGAUGGUGAAAUGCCAAAAUUUGAUGGUGCUGGUUAUGAUAAGGAUCUGGUGGAAGCCCUUGAAAGAGACAUUGUAUCCAGGAAUCCUAGCAUUCAUUGGGAUGACAUAGCAGAUCUGGAAGAAGCUAAGAAGUUACUAAGGGAAGCCGUUGUUCUUCCAAUGUGGAUGCCUGACUUUUUCAAAGGGAUUAGAAGGCCAUGGAAGGGUGUACUGAUGGUUGGACCCCCAGGCACUGGUAAAACUAUGCUAGCUAAAGCUGUUGCCACUGAAUGUGGUACAACAUUCUUCAACGUCUCCUCUUCUACGCUGACAUCUAAAUACAGAGGUGAAUCUGAGAAGUUAGUUCGUCUGUUGUUUGAGAUGGCUAAAUUUUACGCCCCUACCACGAUCUUCAUUGAUGAGAUAGAUUCUAUCUGCAGUCGAAGAGGAACCUCUGAUGAACAUGAGGCAAGUCGCAGGGUCAAGUCUGAACUGCUCAUUCAGAUGGAUGGAGUUGGAGGAGCAUUAGAAAAUGAUGAUCCUUCCAAAAUGGUUAUGGUAUUGGCUGCUACUAAUUUCCCAUGGGAUAUUGAUGAAGCUUUGCGAAGAAGGUUAGAAAAAAGGAUAUAUAUACCUCUCCCAACAGCAAAAGGAAGAGCCGAGCUUCUGAAGAUCAACCUUCGUGAGGUCGAAUUAGAUCCUGAUAUUCAACUGGAAGAUAUAGCCGAGAAGAUUGAGGGCUAUUCUGGUGCUGACAUCACUAAUGUUUGCAGGGAUGCCUCUUUAAUGGCAAUGAGACGGCGUAUCAAUGGCUUAAGUCCAGAAGAAAUCCGUGCACUUUCUAAAGAGGAACUUCAGAUGCCUGUUACCAAAGGAGACUUUGAAUUGGCCCUAAAGAAAAUCGCUAAGUCUGUCUCUGCUGCAGACUUGGAGAAGUAUGAAAAAUGGAUGGUUGAAUUUGGAUCUGCUUGAAUUUCUGUCAGCUCUUUAAUUUCUGGUAUUUUUGUUUAUAAAAUAUGCAGAAAUUCCUGCAAUUUUUAAAAAACAAGUUUGGAAUUUUUUUCAGUGGAGUGGUUUUCACUUAAAGGAAAAAAAAAAUCUAAAACUGCAAAGAAUACUAAAUGUAAUUGAGAAAUAAUUCAUGGCGAGAGUUUGCUAGUCUCCCUCCCCGGCUUUGUGCUGGUAUUCCAUGUAUUCCUACAUUAAUAUUGCACACCCAAACCAGUCUAUCAGGGAGGCUGAAGAAAGGGAGCAGUGUGCUAUUUUAGGAAUACAGAAGAUUUAGAAAUACCCCUAUUUCUCAUUUGCAGUUUUUUUUUUUUUCCAAUUCUUUGCUCUGUCAACAUGAGGGACCUAUCUAUAUAUGUUGACUUUUAACAUCAAAAUUGGAUUUGUGUCAAACUCUUAUUUAUUGUUAAGAGAAGAAUGACAGUAUAUUUUGGAGGAAAUAAUGAAUUUACUAAUUAAACCUUUAGAAUUUAUGACUUACUGUUAGAGUAUGUCAUAUGGUUAGAAUUUUUACUUCCCCUACCCCGCCAUUUCUUCUGCUAGCUACUUAAUAACAUCUUGAGCUUUAUUGAGGAAUAUUCUCACACUCUGCGGUAUUUGAAUCAUUUUGCCAGGUCAUUUCUCUGUCUUUAGUAUUUUUUGCUGGUGCUUCUUACACUUAAUAUGGAAAGGUGGGAAGAAUAUUAUUGCAUUAGAUGUAAUUCUUCAUUCUAGACUUCCAAGUUUGUUUUCACUUUUCUUUUUUUUGUGUGCGUGAAGGAGUCUCUGUCUCCCAGGCUGUGUAGUGCAGUGGUUGAUCUUGGCUCACUGCAACCUCUGCCUCCUAGAUUCAAGCAAUUCUCCUGUCUCAGCCUCCCAAGUAGCUGGGAUUACAGGUGCGCACCACCAUGCCUGUCUGUGUUUUCACUUUUCUUUCAACAUGUUCAAACAGAUAUAUAGCCAUUAUUUUUCUCAGCUCCAGCAUUGUUUGAUUUUUCUUGAAUUUGAUUUUAGUAUUUGAGAUAAAUACUUUUGCAUUCUAAACAAGUCCACUCUCUGUGGCUAACACAAAACAAAUGAAAUCUUUAUAGUUUUCCAAACAGCUAGUUUAGCAAAACAGCAUUGUACAUAAUGAAUGAUGUUCAUUGGAAAAUUCUAAAAUUUGUCCUGUCUAGGUUGAGAACUUUUACACACAGUAAGAUAAAGAUAGAAAUCUGACAUGCUCACUCAGUUCAGCAGGAAUUACACAUUAGAAAGAAGCCAGAAAAAGUAAAUGGCAUAUAUCCAAUCACAAAUAAAUGAUCCUGGCGUUAGUUUUUAUGAUUACAUGUGUCUUAUUAGGCAAUUUAUGCUUUAAUGGUCAAGCUUUUAAAAAUUUGUAUUUGAUAACAUCCUGAAUUCUCAGUUUCGAAUGGUGCCUACUGGUUUAAAACUAAAAAUAAUACAGCUUUUUGGACAUUUAACCAAGAUACUAAGAAGGUUUUUUUUUAAAAAAAAGAGAUUUGAUUAUUUUUCCCUGCUAAAAACUCUAAAUGCCUUAUGUUCUUUUCAGAUAACUUAAGUCUGACUCUAAACUCCAGUAUUCAACUGAUGCUGUAAAUUGCCCUUCUUUCUGAGACACAGAUUAUAAGAUGCCAGAUCAUAAGACAUCAUGAUUUUAUUGUAAUUGAAUUCUUCCUAAAAAUUGAGAGAUUUCCUUUUAUUAACUUUUAAAAUAAAGAAAUAAGUAGUUUCAUUAUGAUUAUUUUGCAAACUAUUACCAUUCAGAAAUAUACUUUUUUUUUUCCCUGAAGUUUUAGGAACCAUCACUAAAACAUUAGUCUUGUGAUUGUUAAAACUUGUUUGUAAUGGGUUGGUGCAAAAGUAAUUGUGGUUUUUCCAUUACUUUCUAUGGCAAAAACCGCAAUUACUUUUGCACCAGCCUAACAGUAGUUGAUUAGUUAGAUCUUUUCUGGGUUUUGUAUUAAUUAUCUUGGUGUGCAUUUAAUUAUUUUUCUGAAUUCUUCGUGGAUAAUGACAUAGUAAUUGUGAUUCUUUUAAUGCCAGUUAAGCAGUAUUUGGCAACUUAAACUUCCUAGGAGCUUAUCUUUACUGUGUUAAGUGAGUCAGGUGUGCUUUUUAUUUCCCUUGUUUCUCAUUUUGCCCUGUCAGUGGAUGGUAGAUGCUUUGUAUAUCUUAAAUCCCUUAAAGGAUCUUAAAGUCAUCCCUCAGGUGUUCUAUUUAACUUUUAUUUUAUUUUAUUUAUUUAUUUAUUUAUUUUGAGACUGAGUCUUGCUCUGUCGCCCAGGCUAGAGUGCAGUGGCAUGAUCUCGGCUCACUGCAACCUCUGCCUCCCAGGUUCAAGCCAUUCUCCUGCCUCAGCCUCCCAAGUAGCUGGGACUACAGUUGCCGCCACGCCCGGCUUAUUUUUUUGUAUUUUUAGUAGAGGCAGAGUUUCACCAUGUUGGCCAGGCUAGUCUCGAACUCCUGACCUCAGAUGAUCCGCCCACAUUGGCCUCCCAAAGUGCUGGGAUUACAGGUGUGAUCCACCGCGCCUGGCCCUAACUUUUAAUAUGCAACACACACACACACACACACACACACACUUUUUAUUUCAGAAGACAGUGUGUUGCCUUACCCAGAAUGCGUGCUAGGAUUACAGGCGUGAGACACACACACACAUACACACACACAGAGUCUUUAUUGCAGAAGACAGUGUGUUGCCUUAUAGGCGUGAGAGACACACACACACACACACACACACGGUCUUUAAUGCAGAAGACAGUGUGUUGCCUUACCAGAAUGAGUGCUUGGAUUACAGGCGUGAGCCACCGCGCCCAGCCCUAACUUUUAAUGUACAUCACACACACACACUCACAUACACACACACACACACACUCUGACUGUCUUUAUUGCAGAAGACAGUGUGUUGCCUUACCCAGAAUGAGAUUGAAUUGUUUUGCUUCGUUUUGUUUUGUUAUUCUGUGUUGUGGUAGCAGAUGCAUUAUCAAAGGAAAAAUAUUUGGCUCCUUUAAUUCCUCUGAAAACUUGAGUAUUUUGAGUUCUGCAGCACAAUGACUGUAGGACUAAGCUAAGUCUGCUUUGCAGAUAUCUGAUCAGAUAGUCCCUUCAUUCUGUAGAUGUGUAUUGGUUGGUCCAAGACACAGUGGGUGGGAGCUCUGUGGACCAAGACAAAGCUGUACUAGAGAGUACAGUUCCAACUUGGCAGUUUCUCUAAUGACUCUGUAUAGCUUCUGGCUUCUACUACUGAAACAAGAGUUUAGAUCACUGAUGGAGAGGCAUAGGAAUCUGUUUGUGCUUUGGAAAAAUAUAUAAAAGUUUUUUUCCCCUAUUUUUUGCACUUUAAAUCUGUUUUGAAAUUAGAACUGAUAUACAUUUGUUUGAAUAAUGUGUAACUAUUAUGGAUCUAUUUUAAUGAACAAUUUUUACCAUUUCCCAAGCUGCCCUUUAUUAUAAGCAUGACAUGUUUACUAUAAACCUUUUGCUCCCAUAAUUUCUUUUUUUAAAGGAAAUUAAUAUUAGUGAAAUAUAUCAAACACCUCUUUAAUGAAAGCUGCAACCUUCUAGUGAUCCAAGUAGAAAAUAGAUGGUGGCAUCACAGACUUUAUCUACACACUUUUGGGUCUGGUCUAGCUGUAUAGCUCAGGGCUUAAUUUCAGCUUCUGAGAUCACAGUUUUUGUGAUGUCAUAUUUCACUCUCAAAACAUAGGCUGAAAGCACGAAUUACUCAAAAAGUAAGCAAACCAAUACCUGGUGAAUCUAUGGACAGUCAUACACAUACAUCAGGGGAAAAUGUGUGUGUACAACCCAAAUUUACAAUAUGAUUGUCAUUCUUUGACUUUGCUUUGUAUAGCCUGACUCUGUUGAACAUGAAAUUAUUAGUACUCUAGGUUUUGGAUAGCCUGAGUUCAUUUGAAUUCCUUCCUUAGGAAUAAGUUUUUAUAUACACUGCUAAAUGUGUGAUGAGACUCAUAAAACAGUAACCAGCUGAGGUAGCUAUGAUUCACUUUCCCCCCACCCUAACUUGAGAUAAAAUGAAGGACUAGGCAAGUAUUUCAUGUUGUGUGAGUGGACUUCGGUUCCUUCAGUAUUGUCUAGGUUAUUGAGUCUUUCUUUGCCUAAUAGUGGAUUCCCACUCUUAAGAUAACUUUUAUUAAUGAUAAAUCACUUUAGGGUAUAUUCUGUAUGACAGGCAUAAUGUUAAGGGUGAAUGCUGGCCUUUUCCAAGAAAAGGCCACCUUAACUUGUAUAGGGAAAAAUUCCUAACUAUUCUCUUUUUUGUAUCUUUUUUUCCUUAACUGUUUUGAUUGUAUAUUUUUAAGAAACCACUUAAUUUGUGAUGCACAUAAUAUUUGUGUGAACCUGAGAAUAUGUCACAAUAGAAAAAAGCAGAAAUUAUAGUUGGGGGACAUGUUGGGGGAUAAAAAUAUUUAAGCCUCAAAUGUUUUACUGUCAUCUCCACUAACUAUUUUUACAGCAAAAGCUAAAAACUGUGUUGUAAUUAUUGUAAGUUUACUUAUUUAUACUUUUAAAUUAGGUUUUUCAUACUUAUUUAAUUUUUUUGACAUUUGCUUUUAAUAUUUGUUUCUUAAUGUGGAGAUUGUGUAUUUUAAUAAUCAAAUUCUUAGGAUAAUAGAUAUAUUUUUAAACAUUCACCUCGUUAACAAAUAGAUCUUUGAAUUUUUAUUAGGUUUUUUGACUCCGGACAACUCUUUAGCUUUAAUGAUAUUUCUAAAUUCCCAGCGACUUAUUAAUAAAAAUGGGAAAAAUAUUUAGGUAAUGUCAUAAAAUUUAUUUUACCUUUCUCAUUUCCUGAGAAAAUAAGUGAAGAAAAACCUAGAUAUUGCUUUAUUACCAGCAGUGUGUAGGUUUUUGUCCAUUUGGAAAUUUGGCACAAAAAAAAUAGGGAAUUAGUAUAGAGAAGUUUCCCUCUUAUAAAAGGACUCCCAUUUGAUUGUUCGAAACUAUAAAAUGCACUUUUACUUUACCAUAUCUGAAAUGACAAAAUAUCGCCCUUUGGAAAACCUGACUCUUUGCAUGUGUAAUCCCCAGAGUCUACCUCAGUUAACCAGGCUUAGUUUUAGGCAGGAAUGAAUUGAAUUAAAUUCAGUUCAUCAUCUAUGCAGAUUUGUUUCUUUGAAGCACAUCCUUCCCUCCUGCUGUUGCCCUCCUCCCAUUAACUUUUCUUUUUAAUCUUGAAAUUGUUUAAAAUAUUCCAUUUUUCUUUCUCUAGCAAAGCGUUUAUAUUCCAAAUAAGGCCUCUGUGAAAUGUCUGAAUUACUUUUCCCUUCUUUGUUAUGGUCAGCUUCAUUAUUUGGAUGUAUUGCAUUCAAAGCAGCAGUUCCAAACAUAACACACAUCUAUUUUCUUAGAGUUUUGUAAAUACAAACUAAUGUGAUGACAUUAAAAAUUGUGGAUCCUACAUGUUCCUAUGUUCAUUCUCUAAAAACCUGAGUAACUUUAUGAAAACACACAAACCUGGAAAAAUGUCACAUUUUUGUCACAUUUUUACUGACAAAUGUAUAUUCAUAUGAUGGUACGGCAGCAGGGAGUGGCCCCCAGUUAACAUGGUUGUGAGUGGACACAGUGUCCAGCAGGAUCACUGCAUGUUAUGAUGGCUUGUAAGUGCGUUGUUAAGACUUUUGUUUCAGUGUUUGUCUCCCAGUAUUUGAACCUAAUUUAAAGAAAAAUACGUUUCCAAGUUAUAUUUAUUAAAUGUGUUUUUCCUUACAUUUUGUGCUGCUACUUUGCUAAUCUCAUUAGCUUAGCGUGUUUGUGCAUAGGUUAUAUUUGGUAAUAAAUUUAUAGAGUGUUGGUUGUCA